UGUCAUCGAUUGUCAAAACUAUUUUGUUUGAUAUUUAUGAUGUAAGAUGUUUAUUGUUUAUAGUUAGAUUUUGAUAGAAAUUCGUGUAAAGUUUAAUGUAAUAAAUCUAUUUACAUUAAUAUUUAGUUAUUUGAAGAAAAGGUUUUUAUUACAAUCAUUUUAUUAAGUACAAAUAACCUCAAAAACUGAAAAAUACAAUUUUACCUUUUUCCUUUAUAAAUAAAAGAAACAAUAAAAAAGCUAACAUACAAAACCGUGGCAAUUAACAUUUUAUCAUCAUCAAUAAAUCAUGUCUGACGAAUAUGCUGCGGUUAAACGUGGGAAAUUAAUAUUGAAAGGAGACAAGCCCAAAGCUAAGAAACGCAAACAUAAGAAAGAAAAGCGCACUGAAGAUUCAAAAGUAGAUGAAGAUUUAAUACGGCAUAAUGGCUGGUGGAAAGUGGAAAAGAUAGAAGACAUAACUGGCUCCAUAUCUAUUGAAUUCGGCAACAACGCUUACAUAUCUGCAUUAGACAAUGGUCUGUUUACUAUAGGAGCGCCUCAUGGCGACGGCGAAGGUCCUGCACCUGAAGAAAUAUUCACAGCAUUCCCUGCUGGGGAUUCCAAGUUUGCAUUAAAGUCUGGAUAUGGGAAAUAUUUGGGAGUGUCCAAAAAUGGAGUGGUCACUGGCAGGUCUGAUGCCGUUGGACCUAUGGAGCAGUGGGAGCCUGUGUGGCAGGAUGGAAAAACGGCGAUCCUCAGUUCAUUAAACAAAUUUAUGUCUGUGAACCCUGAAGAUGACAGCGUGGUGGUCAAUAUGACGACUGCCGGUGAUAAUGAAUACUGUACAAUACGUAGUAAUAAAACUAAGGAGGUGAACAAAUCUGUGUUGCCCGCUGAAGAACAAGGCGACUUGAACGAAGUGGAAAUUAAUUAUGUUAAGAAGUUCCAAAAAUUCCAAGAUAAGAAACUCCGAGUAAACGACAAUGGUGUGUCAGAACUGAAACGAGCGAAGGUGGAGGGCAACCUGCAUGAGACAUUACUGGACAGAAGGAGCAAGAUGAAAGCUGACAGAUAUUGUAAAUAAUAUUUAAUAUGAUGUAAAAUUUGUGAAAAUUCAAAAUUAAAUAUUAAUCAGAAGAAA